GUAUUCCUUCCGAAUCCCGCUGCAGUCUCUGUAAGCAGCUGAGAAUUCGAAACAGACUCACGUCUUCUUGAAUACAACUAGAGCGCUUAGUCUGACUGAGAAUUGACUUUUACUACAAAUAUGUCGACAGUAAAUUCAGUGCCGCUGUUCGAAGUGUGGCACCUGUUGGGUCCCUCCAGUCGCUUCGUGUGCGGUGGCCGCUGUUUCACGGGUCCGAGGCAAGACCAAGCUUACACAGUAUGAGACUAGAAGUUGAUGUUUUUUUCACGUCCUCAGACAUCUUGCAACUUGUAGUAAAAUGGUAUUCGCCUCCAGCACCUCUACAUGAAGGCAUCAAAAUAUUGUUCCGCUUGAAGUAGAAGUAUCGAAGUAGAAGUAUCUCGGCUUGAAGUAGAAGUAUCGAAGUAGAAGUAUCGUGUGUGUCUGAGGUCAGUGAAAAGCAUCAACUGUAUCUCUAUAAAAACUUUGCGCCUGGGGAUGGAUUGCGGCGCCGUCCCUCUUCUACUUUCUGGUGUGCGCACCGCAGCUGUGGCACUCAGGCGACCUAGCAUUUCUGGCAGUGGCUACUCUUUGUCUGUUGGUGUGUUUAUGGUCGCGGAGGUUCAUUGCUAUUUUCGUUAGAGUUGGACCUCACGCAACGAUGUAUCCAUUUCUUACAGCACUGUCUUCCGUAGUAGUUUGACUUCUUCCGAAGCAAGUCCGAUUGUUGCUAGUUACUACCUAGUCGUGAAAAUUUGCACCUCCUAUCUGCGUGAAUGGGAUCUAAACACAUUUACCUUCUAUCGAUACUGCUACAGGGUUUCAGCGCUCAUUGGAGUACAUCUUACAACCAGAUGCGUCCCUUCUAAUUCUCACUGCGGUCCUCUUUCUGCUGACAGCAUGCACCGAUCCUGGCGUCGUUCCAAGACGAACCGUGCAAGACGCCGUACCUGGACUGGCGGAACAAAUUUUGGACCAAAUCGGGUUUUACGAUUUGGACAAGAUUGCAACAGAUACAGCGAGUUCAUCGCCACAUAGCGGUAAGUUAUGGCUGUUGAAGAAGAAAAGUUUUAUAAUGACAAAAGUUUGAAUAAGUCUAUAAGUAUUAUCAAUUAAGAAAAAGAUGAAGCAAGCGCAAACAUAGUUUUUAGGUAUUCUUCUGCGACGUGUUUAGAAGUUAUCAAUAAAGAUGAAGCAAGCGCAAAUCUUCUGAGACGUGAAGUUCAAGAAAAGCUAAGAAAGUAGCAAUAUUCGUAGAAGAGCGCAGAAUUAACGUGCUAGCACCAGCAACCCUCUAACUUCAACGCCAGCAAGUGCAGUGCUUUUACCAGACCAGGUCGCGGCAGGCGAUACGACAGGUGGUAAUGCUGUCGUUCAACGUUACGAGCCACGCAGUGGACAGCGAAUUGUCAUGACAGGGUCAUCGUCGUCGUCGUCUUCAGCAAGCCACAAUCAUAAAACACAACAUCCAUUGAGUCCUGAGUCGCCAAACGGGGCAUCCACGUCGACAAGAGCAUCGACACCGGAACACCUAUCUCAACAGAGCCCAAUCAGAGCUGGAGGGCCAUCGAUUUCAGCCGUCCCUGUUAUGGACCCUGUUAGAUGAAUAAUUCCCUUUCCAUUGGCAUUGAUUCUUUCAGCUGUCCUCCUAGGAUCAGGUUGCUGACGAGAAUGAUCUUCGUAAACAGUGAAUAUCAUUGCUCCCUCUACCACCGUUACUACCUUUACUACCUCUAACCCGGUGGCCUCUCGGCCGUUGGAGCUCACGUUGAAUCAGAUGCGAGCGGGCUAUCGAAUAUGUCGAACCUGUGAGAUCAUACGGCCACCUCGAAGUGGGCAUUGUGCGGAUUGCGGACAGUGUGUGAUUAGAUUCGACCAUCACUGCCCUUUCCUCGGCACGUGCAUCGGACAACGAAACUAUACGCUGUUCUGGUUCUUCCUGGCGAGCUUGGCGGCAUUGGGUUCAUGCGUACUUCACACCUGUUUGCAUUCUUCAUACUUGGAUUGUACUAGAGGUCUGUUCUUUCGGCUUCAAGUACUACAUGGGACAUGAUGAUGAUGAUGAAGGUCUUUUACUUUUUCUUUUAUAUAUAAGUUCGGCAACUACAUAAUAUUUUUUCAGGUAGUGUUGGGAAUAUUUGCGUGGCUGCAGGACUCCUUCGGACAGGACAGACAUCAUCAUUUCUCUCCCGGAACGCUGAUAGUGCUCAUUAUGGACCGUACCGUAGUGAAUUUGUUAUCGUACGACCAGCUUCAUAGUACUUACAAAAGAAAUCCUGUAGAUAAAAUCAUGUAGAUACAAAAGAACCCAGAAACGAUCUUCUCUCGCCAGUGGUAGAGAGUGACCACCAGAGAUGCAUGAGCAUGAUGAUGAUCCACAUGAAAAUCUCUCUCCUCUAAGUUUCUGCUAGUUGUUGGCAUUCCCACAGCACUACUGGUGCUCGUAGUCAUUGGUUUUUGUCUAUGCCACCUUUUUCUGGUGUUCCGAGGCCUCACGACAAGGGAGUUUUUACGACCUGAACGAGUUGUUCCUCCUGAGGACAAUCUUAGCAGUGGUGGAAGCAGCAGUAGUAGUUAAGGCUUGCCCUAAAAAUUGAUCCUGAAAAGCAUUUCAAAAUUUGAAUCUUUCGAAAGCGGAAAGCGUUUCAACGAUGAAUAUCGUAAAAAAAGUUUGGGGAAGCUCUAAAGUAGAUUUUCGAACCCUCUGUCGCUUCUCUUUUCCACGCGAAUGCCUGCUCUGGUCCCUCCAGAAGCUCCUGUGGACCUACUCUGUGUACCAGCCGGCACUGGUGAUGCGAUGCUAGAAGCGGCAGACCGUUUUGGACGCCUCUGCUGUCCUCAGGCAAGGAAUGACAAUAGACCGUUGAGCAGCAUACGUGCAAGUCUCCUUCGAGGACCAGAGCAGCCCGCACCAGCUCAGAGUCACAGCGGGAGAAAAGCAGUGGACGUAGAAGAAGCAGGUCGCGGAAAAGGACAAGAUGCUAUCACAUACAAUGUGGUGGACCAUUUGGUGGCGCCUGGCGCUCAACGAGCAGCCAGAGAAAUGCGAGAACAAGUGUAGAAAAUUGUGCAUCUUCAUAUCUACAACCUCAUACUUAAUAAGACGAGUAUCCCUCAGCCCCCAUAAAAAUAGUAGUGCACCGUACUAAUUCAACUUCGCAUUUUUUUUGCUACCUCUAACUACAUCUCGAUGAUUGUUGUUUACAUUUUUGUUCGCUUUUGUGUUUUCCGGAUAUGUGUCGAUGUCUGUAGGCCAUCUUUUCAAAUCGAUCCCCUCAAAUUCUAGAUUAGUUUCAUCUUGUUUUUCAAAAGUGUACUGUAAACAGGUUGUUUCUUCUUCUUCUCUUUCUCAGUAUCUCUUCAGUAUCUACGCAAAUUCCGAG